CCGCGCGACAGUCCUUUGGUGGCCGACGCGUUGUAAAUACGUGCGUGCGUCGCGGGCGCAAGUAGCGCCAUUCGAUAGUCGCCGGAAGGUGAUUCGAUUUUGCGAACUAAUCCACGCCAAGCGGAACGGAGCUUCAGUCUGUCAUUCCGCGCCGAGAAAUGGAAGACGACGAGACGCUUUCGUUCGGUGGAAGCGUGAGCACGUUGCCGACCUACGAGAAGGUUGUCGUCGCGUGCGCAUACGCGGUGACAGGUGUGCGGGUAGGAGCAUUUUAAAAAAUCUCUGGUUAUGACAACGGACGCGACACCGUCCUAUUACGAUCGUCUUCGGAUUGAGAACGAGAACACGCCGAGGGAGAAGUCUAUCGUUUAUUUGUCAUCAUCAUAAGAAGCUCCCUACGAUUGUUCUUCGUCAAGGGCAUAUUACAUCGAGUGUUGUUUAUUUUUCCCUUCUCUUAUUCCUUUAUGUAUCCUAUCCUUCCUUUUUUCCUUUCUUUGUACACAGUGUCACGGGAUUCGUAACGAAAUACCUGUUCUCUGUCUCCUUGUCGAAGCUGUCUGGGUGGCAAGAGAAGAAGAAAUAUGUGGUGCCUCGUGAGCCAAGCUAAUUCCGUCAUCCUCGAGGUUCAGGUCGACCCCAAAGCCAUCGGACAGGAAUGUCUCGAAAAGGCAUGCGACUAUUUGGGAAUCAGCAAAGAAUGCGACUACUUCGGAUUAAAGUAUCAGAACGCAAAAGGCGAAGAACUUUGGUUGAAUUUGAGAAAUCCUAUAGAGAGGCAGACCGGUGGAGGCGUGGUGCCUGUAAGAUUCGCUCUCAGGGUUAAGUUUUGGGUGCCACCUCACCUGUUGCUGCAAGAAGCUACCAGACAUCAAUUUUACUUACACUCUCGUCUCGAACUGGUUGAAGGGAGAUUGAAGGUUCCCGAUUGGGUAUCGAUAGCUCGUUUGAUGGCUCUAAUAGCUCAGGCAGACGGUGGCGAUUACGAUGCCUUGUCACCACCGCACGCCCUUUAUUCGCAGUGCUGUCAGAUACAACCGACCGAGCCCUGCGAGCCCAAGCCUCAAGAUUUCCUGCACCGGAUAGUUCAACAGCAUAAGGAGAUCAAGGGUAUGAAAACUUCAACAGCGGAAUAUUGGCUUCUGAAGGAGAUAUCGAAUUUGGAUACUUUCGGUCAAGAAAUGUUUCAUAGCAAAUUUGGAUACAACGGAAUCUCAACGAUCGGCGUCGGACCUCACGGUAUUACAGUAUAUCGUGGUCAGGAUGAAGAAACGCAAAACAUACCAUAUACGGCAAUUCAAAGCGCCACGUCUCAACGCCGGAUGUUCCAUUUGGUUUAUCUCUCGCUCGAUGGCGAAGAAACCUCGUUGGAUUUCAAAUUAGACUCAAGCCAAUCGGCCAGCGGUCUCUACAGGGCGAUCACCGAGAAACAUGCGUUUUACAGCUGUGAGACAGUAAGAAGCGCGGUCACUGCUCAAUUCAUCCGCGACUUGAAGGGAACGAUAAUCUCUAUUUUCAACGAGGACUCGACGCUCGGCAAGAAGUACGUCUUCGACAUACGAAGAACUUGCAGAGAGGUUUACGAUAAUGCUCGACGUGCUCUCUAUUGCGAGUCUGCGAGUAUAACACCACCGGAGGAAAAGGAGAUCUUGGAAAGGCACGAUUGUGCCGAUUGUGAAAAUCCAAAGUGCAAGGAAUCUCGGGAGUGCCUGGCAAGGUUGUUGGAUGCCAUGCUCUGUCGGAUUUGCAUGGAUCGUAGCCUGGACACCGCGCUUUUCCCGUGCGGACACGCGGUAGCCUGUUUGGAUUGUGCUCGACGAUGCGAACGUUGUCCGCUUUGCAGAGCGGAUAUCGAUCACUGUCGAACGAUCUAUCUCCCGAUAGAGUUAACGCAUAUCGAUAGACACAGUCCGAAGUUGCUACCAGAGACGAUCGAGCCCGUGUUCGCCGUUAAAUCCUCCUCGGACGAGAUCAAAGGGAGGAUCGUGGAAAACGAGAUCAACGAGAAUCACGUCUGAGGGCGAUCUACCAAAGUGAAAUUCAAGCGAAUAGAGGAAGGUCAUCUUUCAACGAUAAAUCGAUGGAAGAUCUUGUUGAAUCUUACGUUGUCUUUUGUUGUUUUUCAAAAAAAAAGGAGACGAAGAGUUCUACGUCCAGUCUGUCUACGACAGUUUUUGUUUUGCAUUUUGAAGAUUUAGCGGAAAACGGAAUUGGUAGGCUUCGUUUAGGAUACAUAUAAUUCUUCUCCUUAUUGAGAAUUAAGUUAAGAGUUAUUUUUCUGAUUUUAUAUAAGUUUUAAGAAAGUAUAAAACAAAGAACAAAAAGAAUUAUACGAUGUAUUUUGUUUUUUUCUUUCUUUCCAAGAGAUGAUAUAUUGUUGUUAAUAUCGAUAUCGCAGCGAACAGACUGGAUUACUUUAUAAGAGCAUAUUUGAUUACACGUUUGAGAGUACUGUGAUUCAAAUCGAUAUGGCUAAAAAUAUCUUUUAUUUGUUUAUUAUUCCAAGGUAACUACCAUUGAUAUGAAAUGUAUUUAUGUGCAUUCGUGAUGGUAUAACCCAUUUGUUGAGUGAUCGAAAAGUGCUAUUAGCAGCAUUGAUCUAUUGGGAAGCCAUGCUGCCAAUAUUUUUAGUGAAUCAUCAAUAUAAAAAGAAAAUAAUUUUAAUUUCUACUUAUCGGACCAAUUACUCUUUUUAUUUUAUGAUUAUCAUGAAAAUUUUUUUUGCCAGGUCGUACAAUCAUUAAAAUUAUAUACAUUUUGAGUUUCUUUUUCUCUUUUCUUUUUAUUAUUUAAAUGACACUGAUUCGAAGUAGUACAAGGGUAAGAGAGCCUGAAUUUUUAUUACUUUCAUUGAACUUUAAUAUUCUUAAAAAUGAAAAGAAGCAUAUAUAUAUAUAUAUAUACACAACAUAGACUGUUAAAGUAAUUCUAUGGAAUCAAUCGUAGAGAGGAUGUUUCAUUAGGAUAAGAUUUCAAUUGUAAUUGACUUAUGAGUUUAAGAAACUUCCGAUUUGGCAAAAUAAAAUAUGCAUAAAAAAUAAAUAAAUAUAAAUAUAUAUAUAUUUUCUUAAAGAUAAAUUAAAAAUACAUUUUACUUUGUAUCAAGCGGCAAAUUACUGAAAUUUAAUCUGUAUCUCUUCAAGUGUUCGAACGCUUAUGCGCAUACGAGAAAUAAUAUAUUUGCUUAUGACUUAUCGCUCUACAAAUUUCAUAAUUUAUUCGUUCUUGGAACAUCCUGUACGAAGAGAAAUUCAUAUUACAGUAAUAUAUCUGUUUAUAUGUACAUAAAAAGUAUGAUAACACCUAUUGAGGGUCAAGCGAGUAAAUGUCACAAGUUCGCUAAAAGUCAAAUCUGAUUCAGCAAACUCUGUGUACAUACCAUCUUUUAAAUAAGUCGUAAUAAAAACGAGACAAGUUAAUUGCAGUGCUUUGCAUCCAAAAGAUAAUUUACGAAGUAACAAGUCAGCGACAUUUAAUCUCUGAAAGAGCAUAAAAGAAGGAUGUUUCUCAAUCAAAAGGCAUAGUUAUGGCGUCUCGGAAAUUCAACCAAUAAUAAUAAUAAGAAGAAUAAGAAUAAUGAUAAUGAUAAUGAUAAUAAUAAUAUUAAUAAUAAUAAUAAUAAUAAUAAUAAUAAAACGAUGAUAAUCUAAUAAUAUUAAUGAAAAAUGAUAAUUGUAGUUUUCUAAAAGACGCCGUCUUCCUCUUUUAUCUUCGAUCAGUAGCGGUCCUGUUGUUACCAUUACUGGAAAUUAUUGUUAAAUUAAUUCUACUAUCUGAUAGCACAUUCUAUGAACCUCAUGCGUGGGUGAUGGUGGAAAGAAUGACCGAGAGAAAGAGAGAGAGAGAGAGAAAGAGAGAGUGAAAAAUGUGUCAAUCGUUUAUAGUCAUUCAUCAAUGCAAACAGACUUAGUUUAUAAAUAUUUAUAAUGAAAUGUAAUAAUAAAUAGACGAACCUCGGAGUUGCUAUAUUUACAAAGUCUUAAGCGUUUUUGCUUGAGAUUUUGCGCAGUCUAAUAUCCUUUUUUUUUCGAUAAGUUAGAAACUCGUGUUACUAUCAAAAUUUCUAUAAUGUUCUUAUAGCGUUCCACAUACAUCAAUAUUAUAAUAAAGCUACACUAUUUCUGUGAAAAUGAAAUGUAACAUGGUUCGUCGAGUGAUGCACAUUCUUUAGGCAUAAGUCAGAUAUAAAUGUUUAUGAGGAUGUUGAGUUUAGAACAUAUAGGAGACAUGGAACAGUACUAUAUCAGAUCUUCGCGUUACGAUAAAGGAAAUUACAAAUAUUCCUAGAAGAUUUUGUAACUUUGCUAUCUUAUCGAUUAACCGAUGUACAUGUAAUCCUGUAAUCAUUUUUCAAUAUCCUUUACCCCAUAAAAAUGAAUAUAUAAAAGUUUCUUUGUGAAUAAUGAUGUGUGUUACUUAACAUGAAAUAUAGCUUUGUACCUAUUACUGCGAUGUCUAUUCAGUGAUCGUAAGAUCGAUAAAGACAAAAAAAACAACAAUAGCAUAUUAUGAAUAAAAAUAUUUCUUGUGACUUAAUCUCUGUAUAAAAACCAUAAAAGGAAUAAUUCAGAAUGUGGUAGUUAGUAGUAUAUAUGAAUAUUACAUUAAUGAGAUAUACAAGAAAAUGUAUUUCUAAAAGUUCUAAUUUGCAAAGAGUAUUUUUAAAGUAUUUCCAAUUAUUUUUUAGUAGUAUACCAGGAAUCCACUUAUCAUGGUGACAACAAAUAUUCAAAUGAAGAUGAUGCAACCUAUAAAAGGUAAUUUUUAGCGUACCAAUAUAUAUUAUAAUAUGUUGAUUAAAUAUUGUAAAAUAUC